GCCUUGUUUAGUCGUCGAGUUGUCGUCGACGGAAUCAAACCUUAGAAGAUGUGACCCAGCCCAAGUUUGACCUUUCGAAGAUCAUGUCUUUCGAACUCCGAUUGCAGUCACUGAUCAUAACACGCCCUAUGGGCAUUGGGUAUCACCCUGACAGUCACCAACGACACGAUGGACCUCUUGAGCCCACUAGAAGGAGUCGAAUACAUCAGCAGUAGCUCGGACGAGGAGAUGGAGAUUGGCCCAGAAGAAAUAGCCAGAAAAGAGGGCCAGGAGGUCCGGGUAAGUAGUAGCAGGCCGGCGCAGCGCUUCGGGGAGAUCCCCGGAGUAAAGGUCGGGGCAAAGUGGGAGAAUCGCAAAGGGUGUUCUAUUGCUGGCGUGCACCGCCUAACUCAGGGUGGCAUAUGUGGUAAUAAGGGAGAGGGCGCAUUCUCCGUUGUCCUUUCAAAUUACUACGCACAUAACAAGGAUCUCGGUGACACGAUCGACUAUGCAGGUUCAGGGGGUCGCGAGAUCAUCGUUAAAGGCGGCAGGUCUGUGCAAGGCCAGCAGAUUCAUGACCAGGAUUGGAGCGGUCGGGGAAAUGCAGCACUUCGUACAUCUCGUCAUACAGGCAAGCCCGUGCGCGUCAUCCGGAGUCACAAAGGACUGUCCAAGUUUGCACCCGCGGAGGGGCUUCGGUAUGAUGGCUUGUACACCGUUAAGAAGGCAUGGAAAGAUAAGAAUGCCGACGGUCUUGAUAUCUGUCUCUACAGGCUGGAGAGGGUUCCAGGCCAACCACCCUUGCCCUGCCGUCCGGGUCGGGGUGCUGGCCGUGGGCCAUCUCCCGCCUCCGUAACUACAUCAGACAAGACUGUCAUCUCGCCCUCGGGUACACCGAUUCUUCAUCAGCGCGACGUCUGGUCAUCGGAGUCCGAAGAUGACCAUGCCAAUGUGGCCAAGAAGCGCAAACUGGCCUACCGACCGGCGCCAUCAUCGUUGUCCGGCCCACCUCCUGCGUCUACCAAGCCUAGUAGCUUCCGAAUGGAGCGCCUGCGAAAAUUGGACGAUGAAUUUUUGUCCAAGCUCUGGGACGACAAAGAGGUAGAGGACAAGGACCUCAACCGUGAUGACGAAGAGGAAAAAGACGAGGACCUCGAUUGUGAUGAUGAAGAGGAAGACAAGAUCCUCGACCAUGAUGACGAAGAGGAAGACCAGAACGUUGAAACCAUGACUUCCCCGAUUCCAUCUUUCCCAUUCUUCUGAGCGAGUCAGUUACAGUUGUAAAAUACUCAUGAUAUCCCAGUUCUCAAUUCUUUGGAUCAUCUGGAAUGUCUGUUUGCUGAUAUCAUUCUGCUAGGUCUGUCUAUGCAAUCCGUUGUUAAACUUGUAUCUGCCCCCACGUUGUUGCUCUUGCUUUGUGAUUGAUAUCUUGAUUUCAUAUACUUAUGUUACCUUGCGUCAAAUCACAGGUUACUCCGUGUGCCGAUAAUUAGAUGAUACUACAGGUAAUAUUGUGCACAGCUCUAAAAUAUAGUCUGACUUGAUGCUGGUUUCGACGAUGA